AUGGGAGACAUAAACAUAAAAACAUCUAGUUUCGGAGCGUAUAAAGACGUGGAAAAGCAAAUUAAGAGCCAAGGCGUGAUGAAAUUUAAGAAAGAAGAGGAAACAACAGCAAUGUAUUUUGCACGAAUGGGAUCAAACACUCUAUUUGGAAUCAUGGUUAUUCUAAUGUUUGUUGGAUGGAUAUCAAUCCUUCUGCAAAUGGAAAUUCCUGCAUUUACACUGGUUGGUCUGUCUAAAACCGCAUGUCUGCUGAUUGUAGAUCUUAUACUGUCCGCUGGAUGGGUUAUUUUCAUGGCAUCAUCAGUACUGGGAAUUUCAAAAGGGAUGGAGUACUUGUUCUCACUUGACACACGCCUAUUUUCAACAGUUUCAGCGAGUGUUCUUAUAGCAUGUGGAUCAGUUGGAUGGGCCACAUUAAUUAUGCGGGUGUGCAGUGGAAUAUUUGGUAUUUGGUUCAAUGACUAUUACAUGUGUGUUUGGACACUUACAUCACUUAGUACUUUUAUAUGCACAGUAGGAGUAGUUCUGAAUUAUUAUUCAAGAUUCUUCUUUACUGAGAAUGCAAAUGACAUUGACAAGCCAUUAUUUGACAUUAAGUCAGAUGAGCCUGUCCCAGACUUAAAAAUAGAUAUAUUAGACAAAAAUACAAAUGCUCCUAAUAAUAUAUAUUUAGUUGGAGAAAAGCCAAGUGACCAAAUAUUAAAUGUAACCGAAGGAACAGUCAUACCAACAGCAGGCGAUGCACUGGCAAAAGGAAGAGCCACAUUCCAAGAAGAAUCCAAUAAGAUAAUUACAGGACAGAAGAAUAUAAAAAAAUACUUUACUGACUAUAUAAUAUACUGGGCACUUAUAAUAGGAUUCCCAUUCAUAUUUCUGCCAUUAUUAGCAGGAACAUUUUCAUUUACAAGUGGAAUCCAUUGGAUAACUCUAAUGUCAACAUGGUUUAACAGCACAACAAAAAUUAACCAAGUAUUCUUUUUUCUUAUAAUAGGAACACUGAAUUGGAUUUUUUCUGUAUUUAUUAGAGUAGUUAGUCUUAUAUGCGGAUCAUGCAUAGGAGUAUACAGAUAUUCAGAAAAUGGUGUUUUUGCAGAUGUAUAUAACAAGAUAAGCACUAUAGGGAGCAAAUUUAUAUUUACGUCAUUUAAAGAAACCUUACUCGUUACUUCUGUGAAUACCGUGUUCUCUUUAUGUUUUCUCUUGUCAUCACUAGGCAAAUUAAUUUCUGGUAGCUCCAAUGGAAUUUCAAUCGCAUUAUACAUGUUAAUUCUAUCUAUAUCUAUAAUAAUGACAUUCUUUUCCAGUAUAUUAUCACUAUUCAGUGCAUUUAAGUAUGUAAAACUAGGAAUGUACCCAUCAUCACUUGCAGAAUAUGCAAACAUGUCAUCACUUGAUACAGACUGGAAGUCAUACCUUACUAUGUGUAUGAUCUUGUGUUUAACAGUCGUAUUCUUACUUCUUGUAUUUGGUUCUGCUUUCAGUACACUGGGUAUUAAUCCGUAUAGAAUAUUUAUUACAGGCACAGGUUCUACAUCUAUGCUUAAAACUAUCUCAUCCAAAGUAUAUCUUAUAAUUGGAUAUUCUAUCUUAAUGUUACUAUUUGUAAUAAUACCUAGUAUAUUUGAGAUAGUUAAAAGCAGGCCUGGAUUAGCAAAAGAUUUAGUUAUCAAUAAGGUUUUACUGAAAUAAUCUAAAUUGAAAUUAAAUAUUUAAUUUACAUAACCCGUUUAUUAUAUUUUCUGGCAUUUCUGGCAUUUCUGGUGUUUUCUGGUGUUUUCU